AUUCAGUGCAUAACUUUGUUUAGCAGUCAGGGAAAAAUGAGACUUCAAAAAUGGUAUAUAUCAAUGACUGAUAAAUUGAAGAAGAAAAUAACGAGAGAGGUCAUGACACACGUUCUGUCGAGGAAGGCCAAGAUGAGCAACUUUCUUGAGUACAAAGAAUUCAAAAUCGUCUACAAAAAAUACGCCAGCUUAUACUUUUGUUGCCUUGUAGAGAAGGCGGAUAACGAGUUGAUCAUUCUAGAAAUUAUUCAUCGGUACGUUGAACUGCUCGACAAGUAUUUCGGAAACGUAUGUGAAUUAGACAUAGUGUUCAACUUUGAGAAAGCCCACUACAUUCUGGACGAGUUCAUUCUAGGAGGGGAGGUCCAGGAUUCAAGUCAGAGGACGAUAUUGUCGGCCAUCAACCAGAUGGAUAUUCUGCAAGAGGUAGAGCAAGAAGAGCCGCCAAGUUUUCUAGAAGAAUUAGGAUUAUCAUGA